AGUAGUAAAAGCCAGUUUUUACAAUGGUUAUCAAUUUUGCUGCCGGUCCAGCUAAACUACCCGAAGAGGUGCUGCAAGACGUCCAAAAGAAUUUGCUGAACUACGAUGGCUGCGGAAUUUCAGUUAUGGAAAUGUCACAUCGUUCAUCCACAUAUGGCAAGAUUCAGAAGAACGCAAUCAAUAGCUUGAGAGAUAUACUAAACAUUCCGGACAACUAUAAGGUAUUAUUUAUGCAAGGCGGAGGAUGUGGACAAUUUGCUGCCGUAUGUAUGAAUCUUAUAGGACGCAGCGGAAAGGCGGACUAUGCUGUCACCGGUUCUUGGUCAGCGAAGGCGGCAAAGGAGGCUGCUCAAUAUGGUCAAGUGAACGUAGUGUUUCCUGCUUUGGACAAAUACACCACUGUGCCUCGUUUGGAGACGUGGAACUUAGACCCCGAAGCGUCGUAUUUAUAUUAUUGUGACAAUGAGACUGUAGACGGUGUUGAGUUUGAUUUUGUACCUGUUCCUCCCAACGAUGUGCCAUUAGUGUGUGAUAUGUCGUCCAAUUUUUUGUCGCGUAAGAUUGAUGUAAAGCGAUACGGUGUUAUAUUUGCUGGAGCUCAGAAAAAUAUUGGGCCAUCUGGAACAACGGUCGUAAUUAUACGAGAAGACUUGAUGGGCCACCAACUUAAAGUAACGCCAUCCAUUUUCAACUACGCACUAAUGAGCAAAAACGAUUCCUUAUUGAAUACGCCAAACACAUUUGGAAUAUAUGUUAUAGGUUUGGUUUUCCAAUGGAUUCAACGUAAUGGUGGAAUCGAUGGCAUGUCGAAAAAUGCACAAACCAAGUCCGAGCUAAUAUACGAUGUCAUAAAUAAAUCGAAUGGAUUUUAUUAUUGUCCAGUUGAUAAAAACGUCCGUUCGCGAAUGAAUGUACCUUUCAGGAUCGGUGGACCGGCAGGCAAUGACAAUCUGGAAAAAGCUUUUCUUUCAAAAGCAGAAAGUGAGGGAAUGAUCCAAUUGAAAGGUCAUCGCUCCGUUGGUGGCAUUCGUGCGUCUCUUUAUAACGCGAUAAAGAUCGAUGAAGCCAAAAAACUGGCGGAACUAAUGUUACAAUUCUAUGAAAACAACCAAAAAUAA